GGCGGAAAUAUCCAAUUUUAUUAGGAAGCUUUAGACAUCCCUAUAAUAAAACUGCUGUAAUAUAGACAGAUAAUGCAUAUAAUGUUUGAUCGCCGCAUAUGUUCGCGUAUUCUUGUUGUUAGCUCCAAAUGUUUUAUUUAUUUCUUUUCUCUGUAAGUUGCGGUGCCGUUUCGUUAUCAGUUACAGUUUAGCCUCAUAUUGUGCGUGUAUUGAGCGUAGAGUCUUUAUUUUUAUUGUGUGCAGCAUUUUAAUGCUUAUUGUUUUAUUCUAGCGACUGAACAUUUUUUUGUUCUUUCUUGUCUAUCGACGUCGAUAUGUUUGUUGUAUGUGGUUCCUGUGGGAUAGUUGUUUAUCAAUACACCUAUAGCCUAUUCGUUAAGCCGAGAGUGCGUUGAUCAAGUUAUAAACGCUCCAGUCGCUUAUUGGUUACGGCUAAAACAGCAGCCGCGUAGGAGUUAAACCCUAGCUUCUAUACAUGUUUCCAUUGCUGCGAGGGUAGGCCUUAUUGCUUGUUACCUGUAAAACAGAAGAGAUGUGUUAUAGGUUGUCCCAACUCUUAAGGAUAAAUAAAUAAUGAUGGUAAUAACACGGUGCCUGUUUUAGAUUUUCUAAAUAGACAAUUAUGACAAGCAAAAUACUGCGGGAGAAGUUCAUUCGUGAAUUAGUUUAUGAGCAUUUUAAUAUCACUGUUGAUAAUGUGACAAAGUUAAGUGGGUACGAGGAUGAGAAUUAUUGUGUGACAGCGAGAAGCAGUGAAAGUUAUGUGCUAAAGAUAAUUAAUAAAGACGAAUCUUGUAGUCCAGAUAUAUUCCGUGGAAUAAACGAAGCGAUGGAAACUUUAUUCUCAUCAGGACUAAACGUUCCUCGUCCGAUUCAAACAAGAAACAAAGAUACAAUCUCAACUGUUGAAAUCGAUGGGUCCAGUCACGUGAUACAACUUCUCAGUUUUAUUCACGGUGACAUAUUUGAUGACGUCACCAUAAGCGAAAGCAAUUUUUACCAAUGUUGUAAAAGAUAUGGCGAGAUUUUUCGGCAAGAUGAACAAAAUUUUACAGUUUCUCGCCGUGACACAUUAUGGAGGUUGGAAAAUUUUACUCUUGAAAAAGUAGGCUACCGACUUAAGUACGUUGAAGAUUCCGAACUUCAGGAGAUUUGUCACAAGAUUUUGAUCAAGUUUGAAACUCUAAUAUUGCCGAAGCUCGGAGAAUUUAGAAAGGGUCUAAUUCAUGGAGACGGAAGCGCUGGAAACAUAGUAUUGAAGAAAUUAAAGCAAUCUGACUGCAAAGAAACUUCAUAUCGAUUCCAUGGCAUCAUCGACUUUAGAGAUUCUGAGGAAAGUGCCUAUGUCUUUGAGUUGGCCACUUUGGCAGCAUUUAUGAAAUGUCAUGCUCUGGAACUUGGUUUCGACUUGAACAGAACAUUUACGGCUUGCAUUGCAGGUUAUCAAGAUGGUUUCCCUUUAAAUACCAUUGAGAUGGAAAACUUAAAUGCUUGCGUUAAAGCUCGCUUGGCGAGUUAUAUCUGCAGUAGUUCUCUGUACGCCUAUCUUGACCAUGAGAAUCACACUUAUAUAAAGCGGUCUUACGAAUCCGCUUCGAAAAUUCUAAAAUCGCAAUGAAAAGCCGCGGAAUUUAUGGCUUGUUCAAUACUUAUACCCAGCAGAAUAUAGGCUGUAACUCUUUGUUGCUAUAUAGGCUGUCAAAUCCACUUGCACUAUUGUAUUAAGCAGAGUGUAAGUAUCUUUUCACUAUACGGCCAGGCACUUUUUGGCAUUAAAAGCUACCUUUGUCAGUAUGUUUGAGUCAUUAGGUCUGGCGUAAUGUGUAUAUAUAGUAGGAUGGGGAAAAUGGGACAUCUUUAGCACGUAAU